AUGGCUCCUCCAUCAUCAGGUGCCCUCACUCAGCCCCAGGCCUUUGGUCUCUUGGCAGCAUAUACCCUUGUCUACGUGCUCCCUCUGUACGCCUCCUCCCAGACGCGAGCCUCCCCCGGCCGCUCAAGAGACGCGCCUGAGGCCAUUCGCGCCAGGAUCUUCGCCGUCUCGUUGUCCACGACUGCGUGCUCCCUCGCGACCUUUCUCCUCUUGCCCCAUGUCUGCGGUUCUGAGGAAACGGCCGCGGCCACCAGCUGCAGCCCGUUGCAUCUAAUGGGCUACUGGCCGAUUGGGCUGACUGAGGCGCUCAAGAGCUGCCUUCUGACGGGUUUACUCUUUGCGGCGCCGCUUUAUGAGUUUCUUGUGAUUGACGGCGGUUGGAGAGAAUGGAUCUCUGGGUUCCAGCCGCUGCGAGACAUUUGGGCUGAAUGGCCGGCCUGGCGGAACCUGGUUGCUGGCCCCGUCACCGAAGAAUGCCUCUUCCGCUCCGCCGCCAUCCCACUGCUGCUGGUAGCAGGCUCCAGCCUGAGUAGAAUCAUCUUCCUGUCCCCCGUCGUCUUUGGCCUCGCCCACCUGCACCACUUCUACGAAUUCCGCGUCACCCACCCGCAGACGCCCCUGGUGGCCGCCGUCGCCCGCUCCGUCCUCCAGUUCUCGUACACGUCCAUCUUCGGGGCCUACGCAAACUUCCUCUUCCUGCGGACGGGCUCUCUGCUUGCUGUCAUUCUUGUCCAUGCGUUUUGCAACUCCAUGGGCUUGCCUCGCGUCUGGGGUGCCGUGCAGCCGUAUUGGCUUUCCGAGGCUGACGCUUAUCGGCCGGGCCGUAUGAUGCUGUGGUCGGGCAUCUACUACGUGUUGCUUUUCGGAGGCUCAGUUGCUUGGUGGAAGAAUCUUUAUUCGCUGACCGAGUCGCCAAUUGCUCUGGCGGUGUUCUAG